CGUCCAUAUCGGAUUGUUUAUCCGGUGAUGUUCCACAGCAACUAAAGCUGGGAGUGGGAAGAUGAACGAUCUGCGAAUGUAGUUUUUUGGGGGAAAAACGUACCGUUGGAUUACUUGUUAAAUAAUCAUUAUUCAUCAUGAAGGUGGGCUUUGCACUCGUUCUCCUCUGGUCUCUCCCAAUAACCAAUGUGCUUGCAGAGCUGCCUCAACCUCAGAACCUGACUCUGCUCACCCUGAACACACAGUAUGUACUGACGUGGGACUGGGACCAGACAACCACAGGCAACUCUGUUACCUUCACUGUAGAGUACAUGGCGAAGUACAAGAUGAAGAUGAAGAUGAAGAACUGGAGCCGUGUGUGUGAAAGGACCACACGCACCCUCUGUGACCUCACAGGUUCUGAUCUGCACUACCUGGGAAUGUACGUUCUCCGAGUCCGAGCCAGCGCAGACGGAGUCAACUCACACUGGGUCAACAAAGACUUCUGCCCUGAUAUCGAUGCUUCGUUGGGCCCACCGUCCAGGGUGGAGCUGGCUCCUGUGGGGAACCUGCUGGAUGUGACCAUCUCUGACCCCCUGACCAGCACCCAGCACUCCAUGAAGGAACACGUCCUUUUCCUGUACUACCGCAUCCUGUACUGGAGCCGCUCUGAUGACCCUCAGGGUCUGAAGCCUAAAGUGUUGGACUCUAGCAACAACCUGGUGACGCUGCCUGAGCUGGAAGCCUGGACGUGGUACUGUGUCAUGAUCCAGUCUCGCUACGACUACUACAACAAGACUAGCAGCUACACAGAACCCCAGUGCAUGCAGACGGAGGGUGACACCCCGUACGGGCAGAUCUUCCUGUACUUCCUGGUCUCCAUGAUGGUGUGUUUCCUGCUUGUGUUGCUUCCCUCCUACACCUUCUUCAGGUUCUACAGAGUCCUCAAAAACACCUUUUACCCCUCUAUCCAGCUGCCUGCACACAUCCAGGAGUACCUCUGUGACUCCUCCCCCGGCUCCGACAUGCCCCGCCUCCUCACUGCUGAUUCAGAGGCGGAGCUGUGCUGUGAUAAGCUGACCAUCUGUCCUGAGGUGGUGCUACUGGAGAUACACGUCCCUCCUUCCCUCACAGCGCCCCCCUCAGAGCUGGAGCAGGACAGCGGCAGGCACAUCCGCCAGGACAGCGGAGACUCUGGAAUCUACUCCACAGAGGGAGGCUCCGCCCAGCAGGGUCGUAGUGGUGGGGAGCCAAUCAGGAGAGACCAGGAAGUGGACUCCUGGCAGACACUGGAGCAGGUCAAGAUGGAGGAGAUGGGGAGAGAGUCGGCUGACGAAAGAGAUCUGGACGAGGGGGUUGUGGAUGUUUGCGUCUGAGGAGAAAUGGAGAGAGGAGAGCUGGGUGGAAAGCAUCAAUGAUGGUUGGUGGUUUGUAACGAGGAAAUGAGAAUGGUUGCACAGAAUGUUCUCAAGUCUCCGUCUUGCUGCUUUUCCUCAAAGGACACUGAAGACGAUGACGUCUCUGAGCCAAAGACGCAUCGUCACCUGUCCUGCCUACAUUAAAGGAAACAUCUACUCCAAAACUAUCUUAUGAUAUUGUUUCAUUAAGUGCACUGUUGAUACAGUCCCAAAAUGUUUUGCAUGUCAACUGCUACUUGAAAGUCCAAUAUUUUGAAAACGUAUCGGUUGACAUGCAAAACAUUUUGGGACUGUAUCAUCAGUGGACUUAAUGAAUCCCAUGUUGCUGUGGGGUUUUUUCCAAGGGUAUAGAAACAAGCUUUAAAAUGUCAGAUUUAGUAUGGGGGGGCCCAUUUGACUUCAAGAUGUCUAAAAGACCCCAGUCCAUCUUGCUUUUCUAUGGCCGGUGUAAUGACGGACAUGUUUUAGUGUAGUUUGGAACACGUUUAUCUCAUCUCAAGACUCGGCUGGUCACAGCCAAGGGCGUACUUUCUUGUUUCCAGUGAAUUCUGAGACCGUGGCUCCAUUUAGCGUCCUGUGCAGUGUGUGAAUCCAGGGGGAAACAGGGUAGCUCAUUGUGUUUAAACAACAGGGUAUCAGUUUUAACCAUUUCAAUCCCAAAAAAAUCAACCUAUUUUUCCAGUCAAGACAUUUUCUUGAAAAGGAAUGGUUCUGGUUAAUUCAUCUUCAAAACGAAUCCUGUCGUGUGUUUGUGUGUGUGUGUGUGCCUUGGAUAGAUAAGACAGUACAUUGGCAGCAGUUCAUUUCGGGUGUGGGUGUGCGUUGUCAGUGUAAGUACUGAAUGUUUGAGAGUCCUGUGUGUGUGCUUAGUAUAGAUGAUAGACAGUACAUUGGCAGCAGUGUAUUUGGUGUGUGUUGUCAGUGUAAGUACUGAAUGUCCUGUGUGUACAUAGUCAAUGCACGUAGUCCGGGUAGCCAUUUGAAGAGCUAUUUCGAAGUCUUAAGGCUUGGUUAUAGAAGCUGUUCAGGGUCGUGUUGGUUCCAGACAUGGUGCCCUGUGGUUGGUUGCUGGAGUCUUUCACAACGUUUGGGACCUUCCUCUUGACACCGCCUGGUAUAGUGGUCCUGGAUAGCAGGGAGCUCUGCCCGGGUGACGGACUGGGCCGUAAUCCGUGAUGGUUUGCCCUGCCACAUCUGAGUGCCUGUUGUUUUUUAUUGUGUUACUUUUAGAAACAUUUAAUUAGUUUUGUCCUUUUAUGAUUCUUAUAGAAUCUGACAUCAGGAAGUGUCAUGUUUUCUCUCUGAUACCUUUUUAUUAUUUGACUUCAUCUUUGUUUUGAAAGGUGCUUUGGUCCAACUGUUACUGAUUGGGCCCCUGAGUCUUAAACAAGAACUGAAUCCCUGAAGGUCUAUGUUUAUUGAUGUCUCUCUUCCUCUUUCUGAUGGUUUGUUCGCUGAGGUGGAACAACUUCCACCUAGAGCAGGGCUGCCCAACCCUCUUCCUGGAGAUCUACUGUCCUGUAGGUUUUCAGUCCAACCCUAAUUUAACAUAUCUGAUUCAGCUAGUUAAGUUCUUGUUGAGCAGCUAAUCAGUAGAAUCAGGUAUGUUUUAAAUUAAGGUUGGACUGAAAACCCACAGGACGGUGGAUCUCCAGGAAGAGAGUUGGGCAGCCCUGGCCUAGAGGUUUUUCCACCACAUUUUGUCAAAGUUGAACAAGGAAAUAAUCAGCAAAGCAUUUGGAUAAGAAGUGACAUGAAACCAAAUGCAUUAACAAAUCACCAUACCUUGCAUCUGUCAAAGCCUCAUAACCACAGCCAAUGCUAAUGUUUAUCGUCUGCGCUUUAUAGCAAGCUGACGUCUGACGCAGAGUUAUAUUUACCUAAUGUGAGUUAAGUAGUGAAUAGUGUUCCCAAAAUAUUGUCGCAUUGUAUAUCGUUGGGCAUGCUGUACAAUACUGAGAGCCAGUUUCAUCAUAGCGCUUGAUGGUUUUUGCGACUGCACUUGAAAUGUUCUGCAUUGACUGACAUUCAUGUCUUAAAGUAAUGAAGGACUGUCAUUUCUCUUUGCUUAUUUGAGAUGUUCUUGCCAUAAUACGGACCUGGUGUUGUACCAAAUAUGCUGUACACUAUUGCUUCCAAAUGGAGUUGAAUUCAUAUUAAAGAAAGUAUCUCAUCUCAUA